AUGGCCAAAGAGGCUUAUACUGAGAAUCGUAAUAAAGCGGAGGCCAGUGCCGCGUCGCCGCCGCGCGCGAUGGCCGCGUGGGGCGCUGCCGUGCUGCUGCUGCUGUGUGGCUGCGUGGCGCAUGCAAAUGCGCACCCGCUGGCGCCGGCGGCGCAAUCUCUACUGAAUGAGCUGGCGGCCGUGUUGACUCAGCUCACUCAAAGGGCUCGCUCCUUGCUUAUCGUUGACGUCGGAAAACCCGAUGAGGUGUCUCAGAUUCUGCACGCGGCAGCACAUCGUUUGCAAGUGGCGGUGUGGCGUCUCGAGAACGCAACCACCUCAUUGGGCAACUGUGUGGGAGUCGUGAGCGCUCCGUCAUGGAGGGCGCUGAGCAUUUGGUUGAAACGACAGCAAGCGCCCCUGACGUCGCCCUCAGGCACUGCGCACUGGCUCAUGUAUGCGCCCAAAGCCCUCUCUUUCGGGCAAAUACUCUCGCUGUUUGACAAAAGCCAGAAUGUCUUCUUUGAUCGAGGAACUGGAAUCCUUCAAUGGGACAAGAAAAGCAUCUUCAUGCUUUUCGUGCAGUAUGAAAAUGUUGUUUUGACAAGACCUGCUAUUCGUGGCUGGCCUUCAGAACCGACCAUGGAAAGCAAGAAGAGAACCUUCAUUGCACCCAAGAGUCUUCAAAACCUCAUAACUGGCAGAAAAGCUUUCCGCGGAUCCAACAAACGUCCACUUCUCAUGGAGCUUGCAAUCGAAUUAAGAUGGCAAGGAAAGUUCGUGUCCAACAUCACUGAAGAGAAUUUUUUGAAAGAGGGAGGAGAAAUCCUCAUCUCGCCGUGGGACGCCCCCGACUCCCCGCGCCUGGAGGUGGUCCGCGAGCCGCUGAACGAGUUGGUGGCGCUGACGGCGGCGCCGCGCCCGCCUCCCGCCCCGCUGGUGGCGCUGGUGUGGCGUGCGCUGGCGCGCGGGCCGUGCGCGUGCCUGGCGGCGGUGGUGGCGUGCGCGUGGGGCGCGCGCGUGCUGUGGGGGCGCGGCCUGGUGCGCCGCUCCGUGGCCGGCGGCGUGACGCUGCUGGGCGUGAUGGUGCUGGCGGGCAUGGUGCACUCGCUGCUGGCCCGGGUGCUGGGCGGGCGGGCGCGCGGGGGCGUGGUGCGGAGCCCCGGGGGCUUCCUGGCGGCCGACCCCGCCCUCUUCGAGGUUCUAGCGGGGGCGCCAGACCAACAGGCCAGGCAACUCGGGCGGCGGGUGCUGCCCGCUGCGGGGAGCGGACGGCCGGAGGACAGCUUACCAAUAACGGGGGAUUGCGGGUGGCUGGUGCCCAUCGAAAUGGCUAGCUGGCUCAAGCAUCAGGCAGCGUGGUGUGGCUGGGGGCGCUGCGUGCGCCAGCGUUCGGCCCUGGCGGUGCGGCGCGGCUCGUCCGCUAGCGGCGGCGGCGGCGCGCGCGGCGCGGCGCCCUGGGCCGAGGCGGGCGCUGGCUCCGCCGCGCCGCGCGCUGCCGCUCCUACGGCGCCUGGGGCCGGGCGCCCAACGGCCCGCCCGCGGCCGCACCGCUGCGACGCCCGACGUGGCCCGCGCCGCCUCUACCUGCUGGCCGCCGCCGCCGCGCUCCGCCCUGCUCCCUGGCCUGCUGAGCGCGCGCGGCGCGGCCGGUGGCUCGGACGGGGCGGGGGCGGCGGCCAGCAAGAGGAAGCGCAGCGUCACCUCCACGGUGCUCAAGAGAUGGCGGAUGCUGAGUGUGGCGAAUCUGCGGGCGGAAUGAGUGAUGCUUUGCACGGUCAC